AUGCCUCCCCCAAGACGCAAAGUCCUUGCGACGGCUGAGGAAACUAUGUUUCCGCCUGAUGAACUUGCACCAGGUCAAGAGGUUGCGCGAGUCAUUAAAGCCACGGGAAACAACAUCUAUUCGGUCCAAUUCCCCUCGAAGAAGACUGCGCUUGUCGAGCUGCCCGCCAAGUUCCGAUCCACCAUCUGGAUGAAGCGAGGUUCGUUUGUCGUGGUGGAUACCAACGCUCUAGACACCCGUGACAACAAGCUCGAGGGGGAGAUCGUCAACAUCGUUCGCGACGAGAAAGCCUGGCGCAAAGCAUACUUCUGGCCCAAAGAAUUCGUGAAACAGCCAGUCGUGGGAUCUGACGACGAAGACGAUUCCAAAACUGGGAAGAUGCCUUCCUCUGACGAGUCGGACGCUUAA